AGUGGCAAAUCGAAAACUGUCCGUAAUUAAAAUAGAGAAACACAACUAUUUAGACAAUAAAAAAAAGUGAUUUCUAUACUUCUAGCACAAAAAAUAUGCUAUCAAGAAUUAAAGGUAGGCACACACUUACAUACAAUAUUUUUAUUACAUAAAAAAUAAAAAAAUUGGAAGCAACAAUACCUACUUGAAACUCAAGUUAACCCCUAUUACUAGCUGUAAAGAUAAACAAAAAUAUGGUCCACCCUUUAACUAUCUAAAGCACAACGUUUUAAAAAUUAAAAAAAGUGUCAAAAUUUAGCUUCAAUGACAAAAACUGGUAAAACAAGCAACCCUCCUCUCACUAAAAAGCACUUAAAAAUCAAAAGGGCAUCAAAGUAUUUUCCCCCACUUUAAUUUAAUUGAGUUUUUAACUAAUCAAAUUAAAAUUGAUUUAGUAAGAAAAAUGGAGUAUUAUUAUUUUUAGUAGAAAUAAAAGAAAGUGGAAGCAAUAUAGAGCAGCUGUCCACAAGUCCCCUUGAAACGCCAAUUCACUCUCUCAUCUCCCCACUCCAUAAGUCUCUCCUCACCACUUCUUCCUCUCUCCUCUUUUUCUCUCUUCCACAACUCUUACCCUUUUUGUUCCAAAACACAUUUUACACACUUCAAUUCCUAUCUACUUUCUCUUCUUCUUUUGCUCUAAUAAACCUCUCUACCAUACACCACACCACAUCAUUUUGUGCCCAUAACAACAAUGGAAGCGUCUUCGGGUUCCGAAUUCGGCCAUUUCGCCCCUUCUCACCACCACCUUAUUAACACGCCCGAGAGGCGACUCUCUUGUAGUGGUGACCCUUUUAUUGUUGAGGACCUUCUUGAUUUUUCUAAUGAUGAUAAUAUUAAUGGUGGUGUGGUUCUUCAUGAUACUAAUAAUAACAAUCUUAGCAAUAAUAAUAAUAAUAAUAAUAAUGAUAAUACUAAUGUUAAUGCCUCUUUUGAUAAUCAUCAUCAUCCACAACACCAUCUUCAUCACUCUAAUAAUUCAGAUGAUUCUACCGUUGUCACCCCCGUUGAUAGCUGCAAUUCUUCCUUCUCCGGUAACAAUGACUCCAUUUUCCCUCCUGCCGGGGAUAUUGGGUCUCACUUCUCCGGCGAGCUCGGUGUUCCGUAUGACGAUUUAGCUGAGUUAGAAUGGCUCUCAAAUUUUGUGGAGGAAUCAUUUUCGAGUGAAGACUUGCACAAAUUCCACCUCAUUCCUGCCAUGUCAGCAAUGAAGACCCGAACUGAUGAUGUCUCGGAAACCCGGUAUUACCCGACCGAACAAACCCGGCCAACACCGCUCCCGACAAGCCCAAUUUUUAGCCCGGAGAUGGCCGUGCCCGGGAAAGCCCGAAGCAAGCGCUCCCGUGCUGCCUCGUGCAAUUGGGCCUCGCGCCUCCUUGUCCUUGCCCCGGGUGGUAACGAGCAAGUUCCAGUUGCAAAGCCCGCAAAGUCUGUCGGUUCAAAGAAGAAAGGGUCGAGUUUAGGUGGGGUUGGGCCCAUGGUGGACUCGACCUCCGGGGGUGAGGUGAGGAAGUGUUUGCAUUGCGCGACUGACAAGACCCCACAAUGGCGUACUGGGCCCAUGGGCCCAAAGACGCUUUGUAAUGCUUGCGGUGUCCGGUACAAGUCGGGUCGGUUGGUGCCAGAGUACCGACCCGCUGCAAGCCCGACCUUCAUGCUAACAAAGCAUUCGAACUCCCACCGAAAGGUGACUGAGCUCCGAAGACAAAAGGAACUAAUGAGGCAACAACAAAUGCAACAACAACACCACCAAUAUCAACAACAACUCAUUCAUCAUAAUCCAAAUACUAGUAGCAAUAUGAUGUUCGACCCCUCUAAUGGUGAUGAUUAUUUGAUCCACCAACAUAUCGGGCCAGACUAUAGGCAACUCAUAUAGUCGAGUGAUCAAAUUAUGCUAGCUAGCUAGUGAGGGUAACAAAGAGGACUUAAAAUUUUAAUCUUAGACGAGUUUGAUAAUAGUAGCUAGCAUUUGUCUAGGUUUUUCUUCUUUUUUUUCAAGAAACAAUUUUUCCAAGUUCAAUUUUCUUUGGUUCAUUUUAAAAAAUUUUGAAAGCAACAUUCGAGCAAGGGAUUAAACCCUAGCUCAAAAGAGCAUAGAAAAAAAGGAAAAAAAUAGUCAGGGAGUGCAUUGCUUUUUGCAAAUUAA